AAUGACCUUGCAUUUAGACAGAAUUACUUCAGUGACCUCUGCACGUCGCGAACAAGAAAAUACAAUGAUUCAUUUAAAAAAAGAACCAAUCUGACCUUCGCAUUUCUUAAGCGACUCCACCUAAUUGCUACCCUGUAAUGCUUACUCUGUCUGUUCAAACAAAUUUUUAUCUAACAACCCAAUGUUCUUACCUGCUAUAACAAUAUAAAUUAAUUACGAAUGUAAUGAACGUAUUUUAAUUAAUGUACUCAAUUAGCUGUAGGUGGGGUGACAGAGGGCAGGUCAACAUGCUUGUCUACACGUAUAAUUUGAUGCAAGUAAAAGGAGUUGCUGUUUGAAAAGUUAAAAAGAGAAAUAGUUCUAAAAAUCACAAACGUAACGAUUUAAGAAAAAGGAUCGCCUCUUGAUUGAGCGGUAUCCACGACCCUGACGAGUGGCAUUGGUUGUAGGUGGAGUGCAAUUUUGAAGAGGACUGUACAAAAACUGUGCAGGUCGUUUCAAUACGUACCAGGGUAUACGUGGAUCCCGGAGAGUGAAUGGAAGUUAUACGCGUCGGUCCUCACGGACUCUUCGAUGGAGACCGUGAGGUUUCUCUUUCCUCUUUGCCGCACCUUCCCCUUCCAUGAUCCAUGAAGCGUAGCCAGGUCUCUCUUCUUCUUUUGGCCUUUAAUCUCUGUCUUUGUUGCACGUUUGCGGUUUCUGUUGCUCUCGUAGAAGCCUCACCGAGCAUAUCACACGGCUGGAGGCAUGUGGACGACAGUUUACUUCGGGAUCCCGAACCGGUCAAUUCGCGGACAAUUUCGAACGCUGCCCGCGAUCAAGCGGAACUAACCCGAGGAAAAUCGUGCCGCUAAUAUGGGGUUGCGCGCCAGAAGCAUCAACGAUAGUUUGAGACUAGCGACGACGAUCAAAGGAGAAGUGUCGUGGUCAACGACAGAGGAACCCUUUACGCCCGAAGAGGAGGAUGCGAUAGUGACGCUGGUGGUAGUGGUGAUCGGCAUAAUCGCGGCUAUAGUGAUACUGUUCUCCAUGGGAAUCUUUAUCGACUGCAAGCUCCAAAAGCAGAACGUUUUGAAGAAAAAGAAGUUGAAACUGAAAAUGCCACCACUGUCUCGCGCGAGGAAGAUUCAAAAAGAGGACACGAAAUCCUUGGCAUCGGACAUGUGCCCGAACGGCUCUAGCGACGUUGGUUUUCGUGCAAGGGAUGCUAUAGUUUGACGUCGCCCACGAUACUGUGAACCCUUCGCGCGAACGAGACCAGGAACGUUGGUGAAUUUCAUCGAAUUUCUUCGCCAAGUUGAAAGGAAGUGGUUUCUAGAUAACGUUAAAGAAACUGGCAAAGCAAAUUGCUCGAACACGGUUCAGCCGCGAUAACACGAACAGAAGCAGUAGUUCGCGUCAAUGGCCUCGGCCUAAUAAUGGACACAAUCGUGCUAGUAAUAUACAUAUGGCGGCGAAACUUUGUAAAAUGGUACAUCGCGAAGAAAUUCUUUCCUUUUCUCUAUCCUUUUACCAGAGAUUAGCGCGAUUCGCGCAACUGUGAUUCACCUAUUCCUAUUUAUUCUACAAGUCAUUCAAAUCUCUCGAUCGCAUCGAUCGUAUAUAUCGUGAGUCGAAAGACUUUCUAAUCCUCAGGUGACGAAAAUGUUUAAUAAUGCGAUCAUGAACCCAAACUUCAACCACUGCUCGAACAACAAUAAUGAUAAUAAUCGAUAUUUACAAACCGCCUGUUGCGAACGAACGCGUACGUACACUUGUGUACACGUCUACGAAAACAGCUGUGUCUCUAUAACAGCGAAUCGAUUCGAAUUCGAUACAAGAAACUUUGUUAUUCCUACAACGUUAAACAUCCCUGCGCAAACUAUGUUUCGUAGUAUUUGGGGCAAUGCCGAAAUUUGCAACGUCCAGUUUUAGUAGUGCAACAAUUACAUCGCAACUCCUUUGCUGAAACGUCAAGGAUUCGUGACACGAUUACGAAGUUGAAAAAAAGAAAAACUGCUGACAUUAAUGCGAAACGUGUCUGAUCGUGCGUGUUCAGUAGAUGAACGUGUUGGCGCCCCAGAUACUUUUCGAUCAAAGCCUCGUAUUAUUUUCAGACGAGUAUCUAUUUAUAGGCAUAACAUAUGUACAUGUAGAUACGAGGAACAAUGUAUAUAAAUUGGUAUUAUUCAAAAAUAAAAAAUUUUAUUACCUUUCA